AUGGAGAGAUUUAUCAACACUCAACUUCACCCAGUCGAUGCGUGCAGCAUCUGCACUGAGCCCUUCAGCACGACUCACCAACCUGUAGCGCUCCCAUGCCAGCAUAUAUUUGGCCACAACUGUAUUAAGAAAUGGCUUACCAGCGGGCGAGGCAACACAAAUGCCUGCCCAACAUGUCGCCAUAUCUUAGUCCCGAAGCCCAACCCCCGGGGCUCCUUCAACGUACAGUCGAUAUGGCAGGAACUUUGUCACCAACCCAACGAGCGUCUCCAAGUCUUCAUGCGAAAACUUUGGUCAGGCCUCCAGAACCUCUGGAAAAGCCACCCCAGAGGCUCCUUUUCCGUAACCUCCAUCCUCAACCAAGCCAUCAUCCCCGCCCUCACACACACAAUCCGCACCACACGUCCCUCCCCAGACCAAACCCCCGAUCCAGUGCUGGACUGCUACAACCUCAUCUCUGCAUCCUGGGACUCCUUAGGGAGACCCGACAUCGCUGCCGGUCUCGCCAUCCCCCUCGUCCGCCUCGCCCGUCUAACCGCGAACGCAGGCGCCGUCCUUCUCAAAUGGCUCACAACAAGCUCGCGUACAAAUCGCCUCAUCUGGCGCGCAAACGCCUGUAUCCCCUUAAACUCCGAUCACAUCUCCUGGGACUUCAUCAUGCAAGCCGCCGCACCGGCUUCCGUCCGCUACUUCGACCUGCUGCACCUCUACACCGUGCUGAUCAGCCAGGGCAUCGCGCAUUUCCCCGCUCCACACCCCUUUCCUUCCCGCAGACACGAAGUCGUGAAUUUAGUAGUCGAGCGGUGCUGUAGUAAGAUUGGGGGUGGAGGGUGUGCGUGGAGGGGGAGGCCGAGUAGUGAGUUUAAGGAUGUGCUUGUGGGGGUUUAUGAGGAGUUGAGACGGUGGCAGGGGGAGAAGGGGAGGAUGAGUUUGAGGGGGAGUUAUGAGGAGGAGGGGGUUGUGAGGGGGGUUUGGGCACUGAGUGUGUGGGGUAAGGAGAGGGUGGCGAGCGCUUGA